AGCUUAGUCCUGUUCCUGAGCUCAGAUGGUUGCUGUGACCCACCCUGUCCCCUCCCCUUCUCCCUCCCCCUCCCUCUCUCCUUUCUUUGAUUAACAGAAGCAGUCGGCACAUGUGGGCUUUGUUUCCCAUUGGCUGAAAUUGCUGUUGUCCUGGCAGCAUGUGUAAACAUUCUGUCUGGGAGUCUUGGGGAAAGGCUGCUGAGAGACUGGGAGGCUUCUUCAGCUAGCACUGCUGGUAUUUCAAACAAGGAUCUCCUCACCAGAAUGGGCAGCCUGGAAAGACUCCAUUUCCCUGAGCAGAUACUCCUGUGGCAAGAGGAACUGAGGCAGAGGCAGACUGAGCUUAAAUAAUAUCAGGGCCUAUGUAAACGCUGGCCAAAGAAAAUGGAUAAGACUAAAAAGUCCAAAAGUCGGAGGGUAGUGAUUAUUGAUGAGAAAUCUCCAGUCAAGGUGACAACAAAGGAUACACGAGACAACAGGAAUGUGACAGACACAGAAGACAAGGAGACUCUCGCUAAAGCAGCUCUGACUAUAGUUGAGGAUGUUCUUAAGGCUGCUGUCCAGUCUGUGGGAGAAACUAAGCCCUGCGCCAGGAAAAUCAAGUGGAUCACGCAUGGUGAAUUCACAGCAGAAAAGGGCCAGAAACAAAUUCAGGAGUUCCUUUCGACUUGCAAGUUUCGGAUUGGCUGGGCAUUCAGGACAGAGUUUAUGAGGAAAGAAGAUGUAAUUCACUCCUUCUAUUAUAUCUACCGUGUGGGCUGGAGCCUCUCAUCCGCUCAGUUACCCAUAGCAAAAGUCUACACCAUUGCCUACUUCACUGUUAAGAUAAACAAAAACAAACCUCCGGAAGCUCCUGUUGAUAUCUCCUUUGUAUUUGAAGACCAAACAUUAGUUCAAAGACCAGACUCGAUCUGCUUUCAAGAAGGAACGCUGAUGAAUGUGAUUGAGGCCAAAUACCUUUUAAUAAACGCAAUCAAGGCCUAUUUAAAUAUCUGAUAUCUACAGGACAUUUUAGGGUUGUUUUUCUAAUAAGAAUGUAUUAAAAAUACAAUGUAGCACAUCAAACCACAGAAUAUUUAUUGAAUAAACUUGUGGCAUACAACCCAGCUGUAUUUUUCGCAGUCAUUCAUUUUCCAUUCCACAACUUCCGUCACAUUAGCAGAGUAACCAGUAAGUUGUUUUCUAUUUUCUAAAAGGUUUUUCCUAUCACUAUGCAUCAUUUUUCAAUCUUGUAAGUACAGAGCUGAGUUUAGAGAGUUGCUAAAAUUCACCUGUUAGACCAAAUCAUGGCUGGUUCUUGGCUGCUUGUUCCCCAAUCUGUGCCUAAGUCUCCAAUCCAGACAGACCCUUGCAGGCACAAUGGGGGAACGAAAAAAUGGCAGAGGUUCUACAGCUCAUAAUAUAACCAGUCUGAAGGGCCGCCCUUCUCACAGACCGCUUUAUUUACUGGGAGUUGGCUUUACUGUUGAACAGUACAUUUCAAUACUCUGACACCUGGCAUGCUGCCUUCUGCAACGCACCAUCACACUUGUGAUGGCGGCAGGGUGGCUUUAGGGCCGGGGGCAACGAAACAGGAAAGGGUUCAAUCAGUACCCUUCCUUAUUUCAGGUCUUCUCAUCCUCAGAUCAGAUCAGCACUUGUUUCGAUCUUUGCUGGAGUCCCUUACCUGGCUGCAAAGUUUUAAAACACCAAAAAAAUUUACAUUACAGUCUGAGUGAUUAUUCACAAGUACAUCAGAAUACAUAUCUGCUUAGACAAACACUGGAAAAAAACCCCACAGAAUACUAGCGGUUGAUGUGGUAGGACUGUGAGUAAUUUUUUUUCCUUCUUUUUUUAAACUCGUAUUUGUGCAAUAAAUUAAAAGGAAAGGAAAAUCCUAUCAAAGUGAUAGUUGAGGUGGGAAACUAGUUAAGUCUCGAAGAACAGAAAAAUAUCUUUGAAGCACAAUAACCCUACCAUUUGACUUAUGGCUCAGGUGACUAAACAAGCUUUGAAGCAGUAAGUUUCAUAAGCUGAAAAUAAAAUACUGUAAGCCCUUUUAUUCUUCCUUUCUCUUUCCUAAAGAAUAUGCUACGGAAGCUAUUGUUUCAUAGACAUUUCCUAAACAAACCCUGAUGAAAAAAGUGGUAAGGCUCUCAAAUAAUUUAAUAUCUUUUCUUUCAUUUACUCAAUAAAUAUCUGUUGAAUAUUUAUAUAUGUAUCGCAAAAUGGCUGCAUUUACACUGCCUUGCUAAUUAAAAAUAAAAGAAUAUACUAUUUCAGUCUCUAGGAACCAGUAACAAAAAUGCCCUUAGAGAAUAAAAUUUUUAAAAGUGGGGAUUAUACACUUUAGGUUUUAGUAUAUAAAGCAGAUGGACUAAGACUCACAAGUCUGGGACCUAGUUUCCUUUUAACUUUUGGAAAGUAUAGGUUUAUUAGGGUAGUAGUAUAAAUCAUAAGUUCAGGGGAGACAAAUGUUACAUACUCACUGCUCUUUAGUCGUGCAUUAAAGGUAGACGCUUUCCGAAUAUAUGUUAAAUAGAAAACCUUGUGCUCUGUACUUGAAAUAUGAGUGCCUAAUUUAAAAACUGAACAAAAACCACUUUCAAACUGUUAUAAGAAGGGCAUUUUAGAAUUUUCCUGUCACCCAGUAAUUAUGUAUGUAACAAUAAUGGAGAUCGAAACAACCUUUCAACCAUAACAGAAACAGCCAAAACUGCAACUGUUCCUUCCCCUUACACUUCUGUGACCUAAUUAAACUGAACAAAAAUAAGGGAAGGACAAAAAUUAUGAUCUCACAGUUCUACCAUUUGCACUUUCCAAAAAUGUGAUAAUGUGAGGAGGUUUUAUACAAAGUUAACUAUUAAACUGAAUGAUAGAUGUAAAAAUUAAACUGAAAGAUUUAACAAUAUUUAUAUUAUUACAUAAGGGACAAAGU